GUAAAGAAGAGGAAGAAGACGAAGGUACAUCAUAGUAAAGAAGAGACAGCGGCAUAUGUGCAGGAAUAUAAGAAGGGAAAAAACGCAUAAACGGGUGAAGAAGACGAAGGGGGAGAAGGGAGAAAAGGAGCCCGGGGAGAAGUAAAAGGGACAAAGAGGGAGAACCGUUGCUGUGGAGAUCGAUGUUCAGGGGCGUACGAUGGCCGGGGCGCUGUCCGAGAACGCGCCGAGACCGGUGAGCGUUGUGACCGUUGAUGCUGGUGGUGCAGCAACCGUUGAAACACCAUCGGUACCAACAGCCGAAGUAUCCCAGGACACAAGGUGUCAAAAUGCACGGGAAAACCGCGAGACAAUCCGCUGUUUUGCCUCCACAGAGGCACAAACAGAAAACACCCCGAGGCUCAUCGAGGAGGAGCUCAGGGAUGCGAGACGACGGGAGAGGAGGGUCCGAAGACAUCAUCGGAGGGCCAUGAGGAGCUGCUCGAUGCCUCCGAGUUAUCCUGGUGGACCUGGUUGUGUUAAUACGACUAAUGGCAUUGGCACAGCACCAGGUAUGCCGCUGGUACAGCCAGUGGGGGGUUUCCUGCAUCCACCGCCACCGCAUCUUGGCCUCAGGGGCCUCAGCCUCGGCCUGCCAUUUCCAGUGCCCGCCAGUGUUUCUGCCUUCGGCAGGGACGCAGUGCCGAAGCAGUGUUGUGGCCUGGGCUCACCACCAGUACGCUGGUCAAUCCUCGGCGUUGGUAUUGUCGGGCUAGUUUGUGCAGCUGCUGGAGCUCUACUUGGUGCCCUCAGGGCAACCGGUCGUGACCACAUCGCCGUAUCGCUUCUCAUGAUUGGUAUAGGAGUGGUUUUAGUGACUGUGAGUGCGGUGGCAUGGCGAGUGACCAGUCGAGAAAAUUGCGGCAGCUUCUUCGGUUUCACAGGGAUCUCGGGAAGGAUUCCACCGGCGAGGCCGAUGCAUCCAUACGCGGCCAUGAUCUAUCCGGAAUUCCAGUUCAGAACACCACCACCCAGUUACCAGGCGAGCAUGCAAGAGUACAGGCUCCGGCUUUUGCUGCUGGACAGACUCCAACCAACGUCGUCACCACCACCUACCUACAGAUCUAAUACAGCGAGUAUAAUAGCACCGUGUACAACACGUGAAAGCCGACCACCGAGUUACUGUGGUCGUGCUAAUGUCACUCCAAAUGCAACACUGGCGCCGUCCAAGAAGGACGCUAAUCUCGUUAGAAUUGUACAAACUGAGUCUGAGCCAGUGAUACUCAGUGGUGAUCAAACACCACCCGUGCAGGCCGCGGUUGAGGUACUCGCUCAUCUGUAAUUGAUUCAGAAAACAAGAGAAACAGUUUUUUGUGGAAAUGUUUGAGGUUCAACUUUUGGCAUUGGAUGAAAUCGAUUGCACUGUGGUUUCCACUGUGCGUCAAUAUCGAAAAUUGCUUAUCGACGAGUUCCAUUGAAUGCCAAAUCAAUCGCAGAUAAAAAAGCAAUCAAUCGCAGGAAUUAAUGCCGUCGAAUAAAUUUCAAAAUCUUGACCGAGAAAUGCAAAAUCACUGAAAUGAAAGUUCACUUCACAUCAGCCUCAGCCCGGAUGUAAGUAAUUGUGUGUCACAUUGGAGAACAUGAUGUGUUCAAGGGGGGAGCGAGGGACAUUUGUUAUUCUUCACUCCUUGGACGACGAUUUAACGCUACGUUGUCCUUAACUUGCCGCUGCACACUGUAGAUAGGGAUACAAACUUACGCUCUUCCGUAAAUUUUUUCGAUGUUAUACAUUGCUCGUUGCGCUUCUUACCAGUGGGCUUUUUCUUCCUUCCGUUGUGUGUCACAGCUUCAACGUCAUUGUUCUAUUUAUUCUGUUCUGGUGAAAUAGGCUCUUGAAAUAGAGGAAAGUUUAUCACACGGAGAUGAAUUUUUAGGGAAAAAUUCUCGUGAAAAUUGCUUUUAAUUUUGAAAUGGAUAAUUAUGAACGUGGGAUAUCAGCCAUAAUGAGGAAAAGUGAAUACAAAUUUCGUAUAUCGUUUCUUAAAGCUUCUAUCCUCCCACUUACUAUAACAUAGUCGAUUAGUAACAGAAAAUUAGUUACUGAAUCAGUAUAAUAUGCUACAUAAUUAAUAUACUCCACAUCCACUGUUUACAAAUUUUUGGCUAAAAUGUCUGGUGCACUUGUUGGAAAUUUUUAUCACAUUAUGGUUUCACUUAAAUUCAUAAUUUGUAAUUAAGAGUUUCAUGUAAAAUCCAUGAAAACUGUAAAUUUCAGUUGAAUAUAUUCUUGAAUUUUCGAUUAAUUAAUAGUUCAGUGUAAUAUCGUACUGUGAUUCAUAUUGUGAUAAACAAUUCAAGUACAUUGGGAAACUCUCACCAUCCUGCUACUCAAAAAUAUGGAAUUCCAUUAAAUUUUCAGUUAAAUGUGAAAUUUCAUGAUUGGUUUUUUCCUCUCAAUUAAAUUCAGUGUCGCUGUCCUGAAUAUAUCUAGACAUGUGUCCAUGAAAUUUCAAUUUUUGGUCAUGUCACUUUUUUUUGUUUGCCGAAAUAUCCCACGAUUCGACCAGAAAUUUUUUUGAAUUUUUCCCUCUCCGGAUACUCGUAGCUGAUGUAAAUUCUUGAAAUUUUCGGUCUUUUAUUUCCCUUCUAUGAUACGAGGUAAACGAGAAUAAUAUCACUGGAUUCCAGUAUGUAAAAAGAAGAGUGACACUCGUGAUCUGCGUUUGAUUCUGGCCCCAGUGACUUUUUUAAUCGUAUUUCAACCCCCUUCCAAUGUAUUUGGGUAUCGGAAUGGGGUCAUCGAUGCUGCCGGGUGGGACUUGAAACAUUUUUGCGAUAAAAAUUCGAUAUAGCAGCCAAUAUCGAGCGUGUUCUCCAACGUGUAAAAUACCAUGUGCAAAUAUGUGAAAUAUUGUUCAUGCAUGUUUGACAAAUGAAUGCAGUUUUUUCGGUUUUAAUUAUUUUUGCUCUUCAUUAAAUCGAUGAAUACAUUUCGAUUAAAGUGGCCAGUGUAUUAUACACAUGUCCUUUCAUUUUUAACGGUUCGUUGUAUCUGAGGGAUUUACUGAAUAAAUUCCAAACAGUGAUAAUUGGAACAGAUAUGCGGAAUGGACAAGAGGCCUGGUUAUUCGGGACCCCGAGUGUGCAAUUAAAAAGCGUGAAAAAGAAUUUUAUGGUACGAUACAUGGCCAAUGGUAAUGCAGUGAUUAUAUUUUUUCAUUCUCAAUGUUUAAAUUAUACAAACUCACUCGGCGGACCGCGUAAUACCCACGUCCUCUCGAUUUUUAAAGUCACACUUUCUUUCCACGUUUUAUAUACAUUCUGUAAAUAGAGGUCUUGUGGCUGAUAAUGAGUUUUUUUUCCUUCUGCGUAAAUGUUUGGAUAGAGUGUGUGGCUUGGUGUGAGAAUGAGUUAUUCAAAUGCGGUGGACUCUUUGGGCGGUACUCAGUGGAUUGCAUAUUUUGUCGAGUUGAAAAAAAAAAUUAACAUCAAUGUCGAGUGACAAUUUAAAUUUCAAUGUGGGCGAAGACUUUUAAUGCAAUUCUUGAGAAGAAUUGCGCAUGACGAGAGCCUCUGUUUCUCUGACACCUCUGUGAAGAACGUGAGAAGGAGGUCAGCGAGAUAAGGACCAGUGUUGCUAACGUCGUUUUGAUGUUUUCAUAAUUUCGAGGGUUUUAUGACAAGAAAGCCUAACGAGAGAGGAGAUGACAAUCUUUCACUCGGUGUCGUUUCCACUCCAACAAUUGUUCUUGUAGAAUCAUGAUGACACUGGAAAUGGGUAUUUCUCAGUUGGGUUCUAGUAUUUGGAACGAGUGUGAAUGUUUCUCCAAGUGCCUGGUUUUCUAUUAUUUCGAAUUCAGAAAUGGAUGUAUCUGCGCUAUGGCAUGCAAUUAUUUUUAUAAGAGCCGUUUUUGUUUGUAAGCCAACGUGCGACGCUUGGCUCAUGCUCGUUCAAUGGCGAUAAAAAUGAAUGUUUUAUAUGUCCGGGUAGUUUUACGAUACAGUUGUCUGUGGAAUACGAUGCCCUAUGAUACCAAACUCGCAAUGCAUUCGUGAUACGGAGUUAUGAUUUAUGAAUGUAAGUCUUGGGUUAAGUCAUUGAAUCGAGUUUAAGUAGUUCUAUGAUGAUGGCGGAAAAUUUGUAUAUUGAUGAGAAUGAUUGAAAUAUAUAUUUAUCUUACUAGUCGUGAGAUUUCUUCACAACUUGA